ACAUUAAUCUAGGUAAUGAAACUCUUGUGCAGAUUCUGAGUCAAAAAUAAAUGUUUGAUGCCUGAAAAGCUAUAAAUCUUAUAUAGAAUUUAUUUUAUCUAACGAUAUGGAACUGCCACCAGAAAUUUGGCAGAGCUUGCUGACAUGCUGUCAGCAAAUUGAUGCUUAACAUUCCUUAAUUUAACCUAAUCAGUAAAUUGAUGGCAAAAACCAAAUAGACUUUGUAGCAGUCUGAUAACAGAUUGGCAGCAAAAACCGAGUAGCGAAUUUGGCAGCAGGACUUGUUCGGUUAUUCUGUUAAUCUGUCAAAUUAUGCUAGCAGAUCCUGCCGCCAGAAUGUGAAUUUAAUGCGGACAUAAAUAGACAGCAUAUCUAAAAUCGGGACAUAAGAUCAUAAGAUCAUAAGAUCAUAAGAUCAUAAGAUCAUCUUUAAGAUGUCUUUCAGACGAUUUACGUAUAAAUAUCUUUAAAACGUUUUAUGUUCCGAUUUUAGACUAUGGGUGCUUCCGAAAUGUCCAGGUUUGAGUCGAGUUAAUUCCACACACACACACAUUAUAGUAUCUGUUACAUAUACUAUAGUGGAACUAACUCAACUCGAUCCAACUCUGGGUAUUUCGGAAUUAUGUUAUCUCAUUAUGUUAUCUGGGUUCUGUCUUGUAGUGGGAUUCUGAUCGAAUUUAUUGCCUAUCUGCCCUCCCCAACAUACUGCUAAUAUUUUAUUAUGUUAAUUGUUGUAGUUUGGACUGUACUUUUGGUACAGUCUGUAUUACAUUCGAUAUAGUAUUAUAUUCGGUUCCAAACUAUCUAUUACGUAAUACUUUGAUAAAUAUAACUUUGAUAAAUAUAAAAAAGAGAUAACAGCGAUAGCUUCUUUGCUUUAUAUGUCCAAUAAAUAAACGGUACUUCAGCAGUUCACAUUCGAAUUCGUAACAUUCAAGAAACACAUAUAUACGAAGUACCGUUAUUGGUGAAAAUGUCUUUCAAUGACGUAGAAAUCAAAGUGUUGGAUGAUGAGAAGACGGCCGAAAUAUUAAAGUAUUAUCCAUUUUAUACGCGUGGUUUGAUUACAAUAGGUAAAAAAAAAUGGUGUAUGGCAUCCAGCUAUCUCUACAUCGGCGAAGAAGUGUACAACUUUGAACCUCAUCCGGACGAUACUUGCAUCGUCACUUAUCCCAGAUCAGGUACAACGUUAACACAGGAACUCGUUUGGUUGGUGGCAAACGACAUGAAUUUUGAAGAAGCGCGUAGCAAGCAUCUAUUGGACAGAUUUCCUUUUCUAGACACCACUGGAAUAAUAGAACCUGAACUGUUUGCGGGAAAAGCCGUUGACGAAGAAAAUCGGUUAGAGAACAGCGUGAAAUUCGUAGAAAAACAACCUUCCCCACGUUUCAUCAAGACUCACGUAGCGCUUGACCUAUUACCCAAGAUCGUAAACAGCGAUUGUAAGAUUAUCUAUGUUGCGCGAAAUCCCAAAGACACUGUUGUCUCCUGGUACUAUUUCCAAAAAGAAAUUGAAGUGAUAAAGUACAAAGGCAAUUUUGAGCAAUUCUGCGAUGUAUUCAUGAGCGACCGCACGAUAUAUUGCCCGUACUGGGAACACGUGAAGGAAGGUUGGGAAAAACGACACAGACCAAACACAUUGUUCAUCUUCUAUGAGGAUUUGGUAAAGGAUUUACCCGGAAACAUUCGAAAGAUUGCCACCUUCUACGGGAAAAGUUACAGUGAAGAGCAAAUCGCUAAGUUGGUAGACCAUUUGAGCAUAAAAAAGUUUCGUGAAAAUAAAAUGGUGAAUGUUCCAUCAACUGGCGCACAUAUGAAUAACAAUAUAUUCAUUCGGCGAGGCAUUGUGGGUGAUUGGAAAGCACACUUUACACCAGAAAUCGAGACAAAAUUCAACAAGUGGAUCGCUGAUAACACGAAAGAUACAGAUCUUAUAUUCCCCUGUUAGAUUUAUACGUCAUAAGGUUGUUGCAACAUAAGAAGAGUUUUUUAAGAAUUAGUUGAAAUUUGCACUAUAUAUAGAUUUAAGUAUGACCUAAUUAUUGUAACAUAAUUAUAACCAGAUUGACCACUUAAAAACUAUGAUAUUUACAAUGAAA